CUUACGGAAUACUCCUAUUAUACCAACUCAGCAAUCGUUGGGAGGACCUUAAACUAGAUAAGUAACACUAAUAAUAAUUAAUUUAAAAAUAUGUUGCAAGGUGAGUAUGGGAGUCUACUACCGACUUUGGAUUAUAAAGGAUAAAUAAGUUGUCCAAUAUAGUAGGAGUCCUUCAAAUUUUUAAAUUAGGUGGGAGGGAUAAAUUUUUUUGAGUUUUCUUUUUUUAAGUUUUUUUUUUUAAACAAUUUGUCCAAAUUGUAGAACAACUUUGGUAAUUGUUCGAUAACUUUGCAAGUUGUUCAAUAAGUUCAACAACCGAGAGAAGUCCAAGUUUUUUAAAUUAGGUGGGAGGGAUAAAUAUUUUUUGAGUUCUUUUUUUUUAAGUUUUUCGGUUCGAACAACUUGUUCCAGUUGUAGAACAACUUUGGUAGUUGUUCGACAACUUUGCGAAGUUGUUCAACAACUACCAAAGUUGUUCAACAACUGCACAAAAUUAUUCAGACAACUAACGUAGUUGUGGACAAGUUUGUGGGAUCCAUUUUACCCCUUUUUUUAAACUGGAAACUUGCCGGGCCCUUCUGGCUUAUUUUUCUCGUCUACUACAUGGAAAACAGAGAGUUAUGAGAGAUACUAUGCCAGUUGCCACCUUAUGCCACCAUUGAACGAGGCCACUUCCAUAGUUACACUUCUCCUCAACAAGUGCACCUCCAUUAACAUAAUAACCAAAGCACGCCAGCUUCAUGCCCUCAUACUCACUUCCAUACCGGCCACUUCCAAAUCUAGUUAUGUAUUCAAUAACAUUCUCUCCAUGUACGCUAGAUGUGGGUCUAUCCAAGAUGCAUAUAUCCUGUUCGACAAAAUGCCUGAGAGAAACAUCGUCUCUUUUAACGCCCUCAUUUCUGCCUAUUCUCGAUACCACCACCUUGCUCAUUUGGCUUUCUAUUUGUUUGCUGAAGUGCAAAGUGAGAACUUUAGACCAAAUGGGUUAACUUUUACUUCCCUUUUACAUGCAUGUUCGGGCAUCAAGAAUCAAGUGUUAGGCUCUAUGCUUCACUCCCAGUGUAUAAAGUUUGGGUUUUUGUAUGAUGUGUGUGUUCAAACCUCUAUGCUUGGCAUGUACUCAAACUGUGGAGUCUUGGAUUGUGCGGAGAGAGUCUUUUGUUCCAUGCAUGAUAAAGAUUCUGUGGCUUGGAAUACUCUAUUUUUCGGGUAUUUGGAAACUGGUAAGACAAUGGAAGGCGUUCAGUUGUUCGGCACCAUGUUGAGGACCGGAGUUGUUCCGACAAAAUUUACUUACACAACAUUGUUGAGUGCUUGUAGCAGGUUAAGAGAUCGUCUUGCAGGGCAAUUAACUCACUCUAAAGUAAUUGUUUCAGGGAUUGCACCUGAUUUGCCUCUAUAUAAUGCCCUGCUCGACAUGUAUUCUAGUUGUCGUGAUAAUGAAACAGCUUUGAAAAUCUUCAGAAAAAUCAAGAAGCCAGAUUUGGUUUCUUGGAAUUCAAUGAUAUCGGGGUAUGCAAUCAAUGGAGAUGGAGAGAUGGCAAUGAGGAUCUUCAUCCUAUUUGGAAGAUCUUCUCGUUUCACCCCUAAUGAAUAUACAUUUGCAUCUGUUAUUUCUGCUGCAGGAGCAUUUCCAGCAGCUGAUUAUGGGAAACCACUCCAUGGCCAAGUUGAGAAGGUGGGGUUCGGUGUAAGUGUAUUUGUUGCAAGCACACUUAUAUCAAUGUACUUUUGCAAUGGGAAAAUUGAGUCUGUUCAAAAGGUUUUCAAUAACGUCCUUGAUAAGGAUGUUGUCCUUUGGACUGAAAUGAUUGCUGGACAUUGUAGGAUUGGUAAUGCUGAGAGCUCUAUUAGAUUUUUCCAUGGGAUGUUAAAGGAAGGCCACAAGGCUGAUGAAUUUACUCUUACCAGUGCCUUAAGCGUGUGUUCUGAAGUGGCAACCGUGAGGCAGGGUGAGAUGAUUCAUUCCCUGGCUGCCAAAACAGGCUAUACUGCUGAGAUGACCGUUUGUGGGAGUCUAGUUGAUAUGUAUGCUAAAAAUGGAAACCUUGCAGCUGCAGAGCUUAUGUUUUCCAGUGUCAUCUUGCCAAAUCUAAUAUGCUGGAACUCAAUGCUUGGAGCAUAUGGUUACCAUGGGAAGUCAGAGGAUGCAUUUAAGGUGUUCAAUAAUAUUUUACAACAUGGCCUGACUCCAGAUGAUGUUACAUUUAUCUCCCUGCUUGCAGCAUGUAGCCACUGCGGUUUGGUGAACCAUGGUAUAUAUUUCUGGAGUUACAUGAAAGAAAAUGGUUUAAAACCAAACCUGAAGCAUUAUUCUUGCAUGAUCACUUUGUUGAGUCGGGCUGGAUUCCUGGAGGAGGCUGAGAAUGUAAUAAUGGAAUCACCCUUUGUUGUUGAAUCUCUUCAACUAUGGAGAAUUUUACUGAGUUCCUGCAUAAGUAAAGGAAACCAAACAGUAGGAAUACGCGUGGCUAAGCAGGUCUUAGGAAUUGAUGCAGAAGACAGUGCAACAAAUGUAUUGCUUUCGAACUUUUUUGCUUCAACUGGUAAGUGGAGUGGUGUUUCAGAAAUAAGGAGAAAGAUGAGGGGACUUGUGCUGGAAAAAGAUACUGGUUUAAGCUGGUUAGAGGUUGUGAACAAUACUCAUCUGUUCUCUUGUAGUGAUCAUUCACAUCCACAGUAUGAUGGUAUAAGAGCUGAGUUGCAUAGAUUGCAAGAAAACUUCACGCGGUCAGAAACUGAUAAUUUAUGUUAGAUGCAGAGGCUGUGGAAAUAUGAUCUAGCCUCUAUUUGUUAGAAUAUAUUUUCAUCAACAGAUAAUUGAAAAAAGUAAAUUGUCAUUUUAUUAAAAAUGUUUAAUUGAUGUGUAAGUACUAAUACAGGAUUAGUUUUCU